ACCGAACAUGACACACGGAUUUUGCAACCAGCGACCACAGAAUCGGCGGGCACGGUGCAACGGGACACUGUCGACGAGUUGAGAUCGGCCAUGACCCUCCUGCUUCAGUGUCAACGGUACCAGAUGAUGCAACUAAGCCGCCCCUCGGUGACAGUCACCCCGCCUCCUAAAGACCAUCUGCGGCUCCCGCUUACUAUUCCAAAGUAUGCGGGCUACGCGGAUAGGAAGUCGGUGACAACGUUCAUCUCUGAGCUGCAAAACUACAAAGCAGCGUCGGGGAUAGAAGACGAGGUAGUGCUAGACCGUCUCCUCCCGGUUGCACUAACGGACAGUGCAGCACUGUGGAGGCAAAGACAAACCAAAUUCACGAGUAUGGCAGAUUUCGAGGCGCGAUUUAGGGCGGAGUUCCUGCCUCCGGAUUACAACAUGCGAAUCAGGGACGAGCUGCGCGCGCGCACACAGCACCCGGACGAGUCACUCAUUGAGUUUGUAAGGGCUCUCCAGGGCCUGUACGACAUCGCCGACGCCGCGGCACCAGACGCGGAGAAAGUAGAACGCGCCAUCCGCCAAAGCCACCCGCGCUUCCAUCCCCAUCUCAGGGGACGCACAUUUCAGAACUUAGACGAGAUGGCACGAGCAGCGAUCACCAUCCAGGCCGAUAUCCUCGCGGAACUUAGAUACCGCCCCCCUCCUCCACAGAACAUGACCCUGGAACCCUCAUUUGCGUGGUCUGGGAACGCACGGGUACAUAGAGUCGGGGGAGAACCAGACUAUUCCAACCAAGCGUCUGUCCCCCGAGGCCUAGAUCCUCAUGCAUAUGAAUCACGAAGGCGCAGCGGGUUUCAGGGCAUACGUUCACAACGCCCCAACCCAUCCAUUGGUCAAGAUGAGGUCUUGGCCUCUGGACCGGUAACGUGGAGCGGGGGAGGGGCAAGUACGAGCGAGACACCGCACGAAGCCGACGGGCGGGCCACGACUCGUUGUUUUCGAUGCGGCCGGCCAGGACACAUACGCCGGGAAUGUAGGGAACAGCGGCGGCAGCCUCAGACACAGGGAAACGGCUACGGCCGGCGGUGGUAA